AUGGUCGGUAUCUUCAGGAGGGCGACGAUUAGACAUGCCAACGUUAACAGGGAACACUGGAACUGCUCCAUGUCGGAUGAGAUGGCUCAGCCUGUCGGAUUCACGGAGGGUCUUUUCAACAGUCUCAGGGUCGGUAACAAGGCCAGUAAGGCGGCAACCGAAGGAUGGUUCUACUGA